AUGGCUCUCACUGGUCAAAGCACGGGACUUUUGACUUUAAUAUCCUUACAGACUUACAAAAUUUUUGCCGACGCACAGGUAACGCCAUCCUCCCUUCCCCUUACUCCUACAGCUCCUUAUCCUCCAGUCUCACCUACCUCCCCGGACACCACCUCUUCCUCUACCUCUCCCAUACUUUCCUCUCCCGUGAGCCACCACACUUGUUCCCAGCAACUUCUUUGCCCCUUACGCGAAGUUGCUGGCUCUGAAGGAAUUAUACACAUCCAAGCCCCCUUCUCCCUGGCCGAUUUAUCCCAAAUUGAAAAACGCUUAGGCUCUUUUUCAAAUGACCCUACCACUUACAUCAAAGAGUUCCGAUACCGCUCUCAGAUCUAUGAUUCAACUUGGCAUGACAUAUAUGUCAUCCUCUCCUCUACCCUCCUCACAGACGAAAAAGAUAGAGUCCUUUGCGCCGCCCGAGAACUUGCUGACCAGACCCACCUAACAGAUAACACCAUGCCUGUCGGAACGGACAUUGUUCCAGCACAAAACCCAAGCUGGGAGUACCAGCCUGACACCCAGUCCGGACAGACUGGGAGGUCCCGCAGAGAUAAAAUGCUCCAAUGCCUCCUGGCAGGCCUACAAGCUGUCUCUCAUAAAGCAGUUAAUUUUAACAAGCUCCGGGAGAUUACCCAACUUCCGGACACUACGGUGAAGGUCAGAGUAAGCAGAUUUGGCCAUAUUGGGCACUUGGUCACCAGGACUGCUUUUAACUCUGGCAAAGUAGAUGUUGUUGCCAUCAAUGAUCCCUUCAUUGACCUCAACUACAUGGUCUACAUGUUCCAGAAUGAUUCCACCCAUGGCAAGUUACAUGGUACCAUCAAGGCUGAGAAUGGGAAGCUUGUCAUCAAUGGGAAGCACAUGAUCUUCCAGGAGCGAGAUCCUACCAACAUCAAGUGGGGUGAGACUGGGGCUGAAUAUGUUGUACCGUCUACUGGCAUUUUCACAACCAUGGAGAAGGCUGGGGCUCACUUGAAGGGUGGUGCCAAAAGGGUAAUCAUCUCUGCUCCUUCUGCCGAUGUCCCCAUGUUUGUAAUGGGUGUGACCAUGAGAAGUUAUGACAACUCCCUCAAGAUUGUCAACAAUGCCUCCUGCACCACCUACUGCUUGGGCCCCCUGGCCAAGGUCAUCCAUGACAACUUUGGCAUUGUGGAAGGACUCAUGACCACGGUCCAUGCCAUCACUGCCACCCAGAAGACUGUGGAUGGCCCCUCUGGGAAACUGUGGCGUGAUGGCCGUGGGGCUGCCCAGAACAUCAUCCCUGCAUCUACUGGUGCUGCCAAGGCUGUGGGCAAAGUCAUCCCUGAACUGAAUGGGAAGCUCACUGGCAUGGCCUUCCAUGUCCCCACCCCCAAUGUGUCUGUUGUGGACCUGACCUGUCAUUUGGAGAAAGCUGCCAAAUAUGAUGACAUCAAGAAGGUGGUUAAACCAGCAUCAGAGUGUCCCCUAAAGGACAUCCUGGGCUACACUGAAGACCAAGUUGUCUCCUGUGACUUUAACAGUGACACCCACUCUUCCACUUUUGAUGCUGGGGCUGGCAUUGCUCUGAAUGACCACUUUGUGAAGCUCAUUUCCUGUAAUGAAUUUAGCUACAGCAAUAGGGUGGUAGACCUUAUGGUCCACGUGGCCUCCAAGGAAUAA